AUGAACAUAGAUUGCCUCAGAAUCAUUGUGAAAACUCAUUUCAACGAAAUGCUUGAAUAUACUAUUGAACGUGAGAUAUUUGAUUAUGGUGCAAAUUGGUGUGGUGGUCCGGUUACUUAUCAAGCUCCUUUCGAAGAUAUUAUCAAAUACCAAAACUUGAAAGCUGUAUUCUUGCUUUACAAGAAAUUCAAAACAGGAAUAUUUCCAUGGUGUGCUGCAUUUCCACAAACAAUCGAUAUUAUCAAAAAAGAAAAAGAUCUUCCCUAUUAUGACUACUAUCAAAAUAACAUUUUAGAUUACGCUUGCCAAUCCCAAAAUGGUGAAAUAUGUAAAUUUUUAUUAAACUCAACUAAUGCAAACGAUAAAUAUGUCAAUGAAUCCAAUGAGGGUAGAUUGAGUACCCCUCUUCAUUUUGCUGCAAAGUGGAAUAACAAAGAAGCCACCGAACUUCUUAUUUCGCAUGGUGCAAAUAUCAAUGAAAAAUAUCAAGAAGGAAAACAGCUCUUCAUAUUGCAGCAUGUAAUAAUAGUAAAGAAAUAG